ACACAAGCUAGUACCCACUACUUUCAAAAAAAAAAAGGGUCUCUGCCUCUCUGGGUCUCUUCUUCUUCGUCUCCAUCUUCUGUAAGAGCAGAGAAAUCACGGCCAUGGAUCCCGGAGAUCCUAUUUCCAUACUUUUCACUAAGAUCAGAACACUGGAACCGGAGAACGCGUCGAAAAUCAUUGGGUAUUUGUUGUUGCGGGAUUUGGGUAAGAGAGAUUUGAUGCGUUUGGCUCUUGGACCAGACACUGUGUUGCAGUCUCUCUGUCUUAAAGCUAAAUCCGACUUGGGUCUUUCUUCAAACACCUUGUCUACGCCGACGCCAUUUAACCCUAUCUCCAGACCCAUCAAUAUCCUCCGACCACCAUUCUCUCAGUCUUCUCCGAGGAUGUCCGGAAAUGGGUUCGUCGAGUUCUCGAGGAACCCUCUGUCUCCUUCUCUGACUCCCGGCUCACUUAACAGCAACCCCAGCCUGAGCUCGAGCCCAUUUCAGAACGGGUCGUCGCUUCUGGGUUCUUCUUCCAUGGCUGAUGGAGUUGGCGAUGCAAGUGGAAGCGGCGAUUUACUCGAUGAGCAACACCUCGGCGACUAUUUAUCGUUCCUAGAUGAUUCCUCUUCGAAGAAUGAAGAAGUUGCGGACCCAUUUGGAUUCUCAGCCAACAAUGGCGAUGCCCAGUUGCACAGGAGGAGUUUCUCAGCCAGUGAUGCUUGUUUGGGGUCGGAAGAUCCUGGAUUUGGCUCCGGCUGCAGUCUCUUGCACGGCUACGAUUUCGGUGGCCGUGGCUGGUUCGGGUCUCCGAGUAAAAUGGAUGAUGUUCACAGGCAACAGGAGGAGAUGAUGAGGAUGAAGGUAGCUCAUCAGCGUCGGAUGGCGGCUGCUCAGCUCAUGUUGGCUGGAGCUUCCACAAUGCCGUAUGACAAGGGACUCAAUUUCCACUUGCAUCCUCGAAAUGGACAGAGGCUAGUUCCCAGACAAUAUGGCGAAGAGGGUUACUGCUAUGGUACUCCGGGCCGGCAUGAAAGGGAAGAUUUUAUGGGAGAUAAGUUUCAUUCAGCUUCUAGACAGAUUUAUUUGACAUUUCCAGCUGACAGCUCCUUCUCUGAUGGAGAUGUCUCCAACUAUUUCAGCAAUUUUGGACCGGUGCAAGACGUGCGGAUUCCGUAUCAGCAGAAAAGGAUGUUUGGUUUUGUCACUUUCGUCAAUGCCGAGACCGUGAGGCUCAUAUUGGCUAGAGGAAACCCUCAUUUCAUAUGUGAUUCACGCGUUCUCGUUAAACCAUACAAGGAGAAAGGAAAGAUCCUAGAAAACAGGAGGCAACAGCAACUACAGCAGCAGAUGGAGAGGGGGAACUUCUCUCCUUGUUCAAGUCCUUCAGGGAUUAAUUCCAGGGAUCCAUUUGGCUGUCACUUUGGACCAAAAAUGUUAUGUGGCACACCGGAGACACUGAGAAGAGAAGCCGAGCAAGCUGAUAUGCAACAUGCCAUAGAACUUCAAAGGAGAAGGUUCAUGACUCUGCAGCUACCUGACUUGGAAAACCAAUCAAUCCACCAUCACCAUCGUAGUCUUUCUGUUGGUUCUCCCGGUCGUUUUCCCUCUCGUAUCAAUCAAAGUAUUUUUCUUCAAUCAGAAAACAUCAGUGAAGAAAUCGUCGAAGCAGAUGACAACGAUACAGGAGAGAAACAUCUCUGGCUAGAAGCAAGCGGAGCCUUUCUGAAUGAUACCGAUCAUUGCAGGAGCCAACAAGGUGACUACAGUGGCGAAUCCUGUAACAAAGGGCAAGAGACCAAUCUCGAGAACAUUCUUCCCGAUAGCUUCUUUGCUUCUCCCGCAAAAUCCAGUGAAACCCACCAGCCUGAAUCCGAGAAAGAGAAAUGUAUUCCUCUCUCUGAUUCCGAGGACAAUAAGCCUUACUCAUCGGUUCAAUCUGCCUAACUAGCAUUUGGUUCACCGCUAUAGACAGAAAAAACCCAAGUGUAUGUACCAAAAGAAUAGCCAGAGAUUUUGAUAAGGCCGAGAGUAGAAGAGGAAGAAUCGUCUGUGUGUAAAGCUAAGCAUCUUAACCUGGAGAAGAAAGAAGAGUAGAGAAAGACCUGUUAGGAUUAGAUAUCUGGAAGGCGAUUGAAAAAGAAAAUGUCGUCUGCGAUAUAAUUACCACUAACCUCAAACAAGACAUGAACAUUCAGAAUGAUACAGUAACUGAAAACUUGCAGUGUGUUUUUCCUUUGUCCUUACUUUGUUCUGUUCUCUAUAAAUACAGUAUCUGUAUUACUAAUAUACU